ACCACCGGAAGCCUUUAGCCUUUAGCCGCAGUGCUCUGGCUUAGCUUUAGCUUCUCUUUAGUGUCAUUCGGAUUGAAUUAUCUCAGAAUCCAGACCCCGUGAGCUGAACCGAGCUCCAGCCCGGGUCCAGACCGAGGACAGACCGGACUCUCCCCAACAGAACCCAACCGGACCGGAGCCAUGCCCGAGACCGAGAGUUACUCCAACCCUUUGGCCCCGGAGGGACACGAUGUGGACGACCACCGCUCUGCCGCUCAGGCCAAACUGACCAACGAUGACUUCAGGAAGCUGCUGAUGACCCCCAGGGCGGCGCCGUCCUCUGCCCCGCCCUCCAAGACCAGGACCCAUGAAAUGCCACGGGACUAUAACGAGGAUGAGGACCCGGCCGCCCGUAGGAGGAAGAAGAAGAGUUACUACGCGAAGCUCCGGCAGCAGGAGAUGGAGAGGGAGCGAGAGCUGGCAGAGAAAUACAGAGACAGAGCGCGCGAGAGACGAGACGGAGUCAACAAAGAUUAUGAAGAAACAGAACUCAUCAGUACUACAGCCAACUACAGAGCUGUGGGGCCCACUGCAGAGGCAGAUAAAUCUGCAGCGGAGAAGCGUCGUCAGCUGAUCCAGGAGUCUAAGUUCUUGGGUGGUGACAUGGAGCACACUCACUUGGUGAAAGGUCUGGAUUUCGCUCUGCUGCAGAAGGUGCGAGCGGAGAUCACCAACAAAGAAAAAGAAGAGGAGGACAUGAUGGAGAAGGUCCAGAAGGAGGCAAAGAAAGAGGUGGAGCCAGAGGAGAAGAUGGAGUUUAAGACACGCCUCGGGAGGAACAUUUACCGUGUGGUGUUCCGCUCGGGUCAGUCUGAGAGGAACGAGCUGUUUCUUCCGGGGAGAAUGGCGUAUGUGGUCGACCUGGAGGACGAGUUUACCGACACAGACAUCCCCACCACCCUGAUCAGGAGCAAAGCCGACUGUCCCACUAUGGAGGCUCAGACGACGCUGACGACCAAUGACAUCGUAAUCUCCAAACUCACCCAGAUCCUGUCCUACCUCCGAGCAGGAACCAGGAACAAGAGGCUCAAGAAAAAGGACAAAGGUAAACUGGACGACAAGCGAGCUCCAGAGGCCGACCUCAGUAUCUUUGACGACAUCGGAGACUACAUCCCGACCUCGUCCAAGUCCAGAGAGAAAGAACGCCACCGCGAGAGAGAGAGGGAGCGAGAGAGGGAGAGGGACAGAGAGAGAGACCGGGAGAGAGAGCGAGAGAGGGAGAGGGAGAGGGAGGAGAAGAGCCGACACAGCUACUUCGACAAACCACGAGGGGGCGCUGAGGAGCAGGCAUUGGAGGUGGACACAGGUCCUGGGUCGGUCCGAGAUCAGAUCAAACUCAUCAACGAGAAGUUUGCUGGAGCUGCAGGACCCCAGUGGAACCAGGAGGCUGGGUCUCGGAGGGACAGCAAAGAGCAGCUCGGCGACUUCUUUGGAGGGUCCAACUCCUACGCCGAAUGUUAUCCUGCAACAAUGGACGAUCUCGCCGUGGACAGUGACGAGGAGGUGGACUACAGUAAAAUGGACCAGGGGAAUAAGAAGGGUCCUCUGGGACGCUGGGACUUCGACACUCAGGAGGAGUAUUCAGACUACAUGAACAACAAGGAGGCCCUGCCCAAAGCUGCAUUCCAGUACGGCAUCAAGAUGUCCGAAGGCAGAAAAACACGACGAUUCAAAGAAACAAACGAGAAAGCCGAACUGGACCGACAGUGGAAGAAGAUCAGUGCUAUCAUUGAAAAGAGGAAGAAAAUGGAGGCGGACGGGGUGGACGUGAAGAGGCCGAAGUACUGAAGACUCUGGGUUUACGAGUUUAGGUCCGAUUUACAGAUUUGUAGAAUAUUGAUCUGUGUAAUAUGUGUUAUUAAUGAAACGUGUGUAAAUGCUUAAAAGUGAAAUGUCCAAUAAAAACCUCUGAUCCCGUC